AACUUAUAAGAAAGUCAGGCUAAAGGAAACCUCCUAAUAAUUUCAUUACAGUACUUAGGUUACCUCGCUGUUGAGUUCUUCUCCUGUGGCCGGCGGCGCUGACUGGAAGAUCACCGCCUCCACAGCGCUCGCCUCCUCAUAUGACAUCUUCAACAAACUACCCCUCCCGUCGGGGAUGUAACUCUGUUCCUGGCAGCUGAGCCGCAGAACAGUUUGUCGCGCUCUUUCAGACCUUCAGAUACACGUAAAAAAGUAUUUUAUUUUGAAGUGUGCCUGUUGGUUCUUCUGGGAAGUGUCGCCUUCGAGUGUUUCGGCGUCAAGAAGAAAACCGUAAGCUAAGGUUAGCAUCCUUUUAUUUGUUAUCUUUUUCUCCCCAGCGCGAGCAUCUUCUCACUGGAUGCGAUGACAGACUCGGUCGUGGACGCCAAAGCGGAGGUGAAACAAGCCACCAAAUAUGUCAAGGAGACUGAGAACGUUGCGGAGAAAUACUCCGCGCUGACCGUCAGCAAGAACAGCAGCGACGUGAACAUGAACGUGGGAGAGAUGCCGUCCGCCGCGUUCACUGCAGUGCCCACUCUGAAAUCCGUCAAGAAGAUUCAGUUUGCCAAUGCAGAGGACAAACAAGAAUUCAGCAAGUUCCCAACCAAGGCGGGGCGCCGCUCCCUCUCACGGUCCAUCUCGCAGUCUUCUACUGACAGCUACAGCUCAGCUGCAUCCUACACUGACAGCUCUGAUGAUGAAACCUCCCCCAGAGACAAAACCCAGGUCAACUCCCACGGCAGCAGUGACUUCUGCGUGAAGAACAUCAAACAGGCUGAAUUUGGCCGUCGGGAAAUCGAAAUAGCAGAACAAGACAUGUCUGCCCUGAUAUCCCUGAGAAAGAGAGCCCAGGGGGAAAAGCCCCUGGCUGGGGCCAAAGUUGUGGGCUGUACCCAUAUCACAGCUCAGACAGCUGUCCUGAUUGAGACCCUGGUGGCCCUUGGAGCCCAGUGUCGCUGGACUGCCUGUAACAUUUACUCCACUCAGAAUGAAGUGGCUGCUGCUCUUGCUGAGACAGGGGUGUCUGUUUUUGCAUGGAAGGGUGAAUCAGAGGAUGACUUCUGGUGGUGCAUCGAUCGCUGUGUGAACGCUGCAGGAUGGCAGGCCAACAUGAUUUUGGAUGAUGGUGGAGACUUGACCCACUGGGUGUACAAGAAGUAUCCUAGUGUCUUUAAAAAAGUCAGAGGCAUCGUCGAGGAGAGCGUCACUGGAGUUCACAGACUGUACCAGUUGUCUAAGGCCGGCAAGCUUUGUGUCCCUGCGAUGAAUGUGAACGACUCGGUUACCAAGCAGAAGUUUGACAACCUUUACUGCUGCCGUGAAUCUAUCCUGGAUGGCUUGAAGAGGACGACAGACAUCAUGUUUGGAGGGAAACAAGUGGUUGUGUGUGGUUAUGGAGAGGUGGGGAAAGGCUGUUGUGCUGCUCUGAAGGCCCUCGGAGCCAUCGUGUGCAUCACUGAGAUUGACCCCAUUUGUGCUUUGCAGGCAUGUAUGGACGGAUUCCGAGUGGUCAAGCUGAGCGAGGUCAUUCGGCAGAUGGACGUGGUGAUAACUUGCACUGGUAACAAGAACGUUGUCUCCAGAGAGCAGCUUGAUCGCAUGAAGAAUGGCUGCAUCGUCUGCAACAUGGGACACUCCAACACUGAGAUAGAUGUGGCGAGUCUGCGCAGCCCUGAGCUGACUUGGGAGAGGGUUCGUUCUCAGGUGGACCACAUAAUCUGGCCUGAUGGGAAAAGGGUUAUUCUGCUUGCAGAGGGUCGCCUGUUGAAUCUGAGCUGCUCCACAGUGCCUACGUUUGUCUUAUCUAUUACUGCUACUACUCAGGCCUUGGCCUUGAUCGAGCUGUUUAACGCUCCAGAAGGACGCUACAAACAAGACGUUUAUCUCCUCCCCAAGAAAAUGGAUGAAUACGUGUCCAGUUUGCACUUGCCAAACUUUGACGCCCACCUGACUGAGCUGUCCGACGAGCAGGCUAAAUACAUGGGCCUCCACAAAAAUGGCCCUUUCAAGCCUAAUUAUUACAGGUAUUAACGAGGACCUCUGCUACUUGGAGCACAGCAGUCCUGUGUUAAACAAAGAUAUCUAUUUUAUUUUCUAAAACAAGUGGAUGAGAUAUUUUACCUAAUGCUGAAUGUAACUUAUUAAUAGGACUUCAUAUAAUAGAGUUAUAUAUAUAUAGAGAGAGAGUUAGAGUAAUAUAUAUAUAUGGAGAGAAAGAAAGCAUAUAAUCAACUAACACUGUCUGUUGUGUUUUAAAAAAAGCCUUCUUGCAUGCAUUUUGUGUGUUUGCUAAGUUGCUGUUACUAGAUCACAGAACUGUUGAUUGGUUUGUUUACUCUCUUGACACACAGUGCCAAAUGAUGGCUGUAUGUACAAAACCCAAGAGACAUUUUAUGACUUUUAUUUUUUGUGGCAUUAGGAGUUUAUAAGUACAUUCCAUUUGGGAGGGUUCAAACUGAGCCAAAGGAAGCAGCACAUCCUUUUUAAUAUCGUAGGUUAUAGAUCCAGUUGUAACUAGCAUGGCAGCAUUUUCAGAAAAUGUAAUGGCCUGUGUGUGUCUCACAAAAACUUAACAUACUUUGCAUGUGAAGCUGCAGGCCUCAGUCUAAGAUAAUUCACAAAAUGAUGUUACACCAUAGCAUACAGCAUGUUUAUAACAAGCAGUUUUUACAAACCAGAAAAGGAAGUCUGAAAAGCUCAAGCCAGAGCCAGAGUUUCCAUUUGCACACUCAGAUUCCAUACUGACGUGAGUCAUUUCAAAGCCUAAUGCCUCCUAAGCUCAUGUUACUGUAUGAAUGUGCCUUUUUGUUCUAUAAUUUACUACUCUGUGUUCAAAGAAGUUGAAAUACUCUUUAAAAAGAAAACAUCUGCAAUGUAUUGCAACAAGUAUUCUUAUACAGAAAUGUGAGGUUUUAAAAAAAAAAUAAAGAUGGAUUUGAUCCAAACAUAAAACAAAAAAAUAGUUGGUUAUCAGAAGGUGUUUGGCUUACUUUGAUUUUAAGGAUGCAUUUUCCUUUUAAAGUACUUCUAUAAACACAGAAAAGCGAGAAUAUUCAGAAACAUGGAGUGAAGAAAAGCUAAAGGGAUUAACAGAGUUUCUUGUUUUAGUCCUCAGUGUAAAAUUAUGGUGUGGUUUGUGCUAAAUUGCAAAUUUGUCACCUUUUUGAAACCUUGAAUCAAAUAUAAAAUACAUUUUUUCAAAUGAAAAAGAAGAACAUUUAUAAUAUCUCUUACAAUUUACACAGAACCCCCAUUUACUGACCUUAAUCUAAUGAGCGAAAACUUUUAAGCUUUAUUUUUUGUGCUUCAUCUUGUGUCUUCCUGCCUCUGCUUGUAACUGUAACUUAAAUGUAUAAGCUGUGUGUUCAGAAACAAAUACAUGUGGCCCAUAAUUGGCCCCUCAGAUAAAUAAAUCCAGCAAAUGACCUUAAUCUCAUGUUCAAAAUGACUGAAGUGUAAACUCUGUAAACAUUUGUAUUAAAUCAGCAAUAAAGCAAGUCCUUUCAUCUGAGUAUAUGUAAGAUGACUUUCGCUUCUCCUGCAAUAAAAAGUAGUAAUUCUA